CGGGCGCGCCGGCCCCGCCCCGCCCGGCCGCGCCGGGGCAAGGGCCUUCCCCGCGCGGCGCGCCCGUUCUUCCUGCACCGCGUCCCCGGCCCGGCCAUGGUGCAGGCCUGGUACAUGGACGAGUCGGCCGACGACCCGAGGCUGCCCCACCGCGGCGACCCCUGCAGCCCGGUCGGCCUGGAGCAGCUUCGCCGGCUCGGGGUUCUUUACUGGAAGCUUGAUGCUGACAAAUACGAGAAUGAUCCAGAGUUAGAAAAGAUCCGAAAAGAGAGAAACUAUUCCUGGAUGGACAUAAUAACCAUAUGCAAGGAUAAACUACCAGAUUAUGAGGAAAAGAUCAAGAUGUUCUACGAGGAGCACCUACACCUGGACGACGAGAUCCGCUACGUCUUGGACGGCAGCGGCUACUUUGAUGUGAGGGACAAGGAGGACAAGUGGAUCCGCAUCUCCAUGGAGAAAGGAGACAUGAUCACCCUUCCCGCUGGCAUCUAUCACCGCUUCACGCUGGAUGAAAAGAACUACGUGAAAGCCAUGCGGCUGUUUGUGGGAGAACCGGUGUGGACGGCGUACAACCGGCCGGCCGACCAUUUCGAGGUUCGGGGGCAGUACGUGGAAUUCUUGGCGCAGACGGAGUAGCGGCGCCCCGGGGGCCUCGCUCACCCUUCGCCCUUGGGGAUGUCCCGAACGCGAUCCCAGCGGAGGACCUGUCCUUCCUCCUCGCUUUUCUGCUGUAGAGCGGGGGCCACGAGAGCCUUCCUCCGCGAGGUUAUUUGAUCCGAGGGCGUUUAAUGAGAGGAGCUUUUUAUACGAGUGAUUUUUACAUGUUAGCAGCUCUGGGAAUGUGGACAAAUCACAUUUUACGUAAUUCGAGAUUGGCGGCCGGCAGCCACGUGUCAGCGCGCACGGUCGAUUUUCCCGCAGACGAGAGCACCUUCCAGAUGUGAGUACUGAGCCGCCCCGCCACACCUGGCGCCCGCACAGUAAGCACGUGUCGGUCGACGCCAGGUCUGCCUCGUAAGCGGGUGUCACGGUGGAUGACAGACUGGCCAGCUAGAGGACACUUUUCUCCCAGAACUGGGUGGAGACUGCGGUCGGGGGACACUCGGGGUUCCUUGUGCCCUUUCUUGUUGGAAACAAAGUAGCUGCCUUAAUUCUGUGCUCUGGGCUUGGAGUCCUUAUUCGGGAACAUACCGGUCAUUAAAAUCACCGUUCAGAUA